AUUCCAGCGUUGAAACAUGACGAGUGUGCAUUGCUGAUUGAGACUUUCACUUUGGUUUGCUUUCUUUAAUAUGACAUUGAUUGGCAUUGGGCGAAAUAGAGGUAUUCUUUGUAUUUUGCUCUCUUAUUCAAUACAAUGGUUUAACAUUUCUCAAGUAGCUAUUCGAGGAUCGACACUCAGCAAAUCUCUCACAUGGGCAUGCCUUCAACUCUCGAUGCUCUGAUGCACUUAUUCGUCAUUUUGCAUUAUUAUAAACUCUAAGAUCAGGCAAGGAAUUCAUUCUCAAUCUAACUAUUAACUAUUGUUUCUUUGAAAUUUUUUUAGUGGGUAAAAAUUAGAGACGAGAAAUAUUUUAAUUUCUAUGCAACUAACCGUUGGUUGUAAUGUUACUACCGUACCUAAAUUCAUAGAUUAUCCCUCUUUUUGAGGUAAGUAUUGUGGGUUAUCCUUUUUCUGCCUGGGUAUUGAUUUUUUUUUUUUCUGGGUUUGCUUGGGUAAUAUUCUCCAUGGUGGGUUUCACUGUUAUCGUUGGCGUGUUUUGCUGCAUUACUUUGUGGUUUUUUUUACAAUGGCUUAAGCAAAUUCAGUCUUUAGUGUUCACUUGGCUAUAAAUUAAGCAACUAAUGUUCUGUCGUAAUUUACUAUGCUUUUGUACUUUUUAGUGGGUUUUUGUCUUCAGUCUCACUAAAUGCAGUGUUUAUAUUAAAAAGUUGCUCCACUGAGUAAAAAGUCCAUUUUCUCAUUGCCAAGUUAUUGAUUGUGUUGCCAAUAGUUUCAGAACUACUAUUUCCUGCACACUAGCAUUUUUUGUGGAUAUUUCUUGCACACCGGCAUAGUUGCAGGCUUUCUUUUGGUAGUGGGACUCUUCAAGUGUUCUUGUUUGAAUGAAGGGUUAUCAUCAAUUUGGACGCCAUGUUCUAUAAUUUUGUCAAAUGAAUGCAUGAUAAACAUCUCAAUGAUGCCACAUAAUGCUCUUUGAAGAAUGCAUUUAAGUUGGUUGACGUCUUUGAGCUGGUUUGCCUCUAAUAUCCAAAGGGAAUGAUAUCCCAUAGGCUUACUGAUGUUUUUUGGCAAUUCAUGUCCUCUUUAUUUUGUGGGAUCAGCAUAUGGACAAGUAAAGAAAACAAAAUCAGCUCCUACAUCUCUUUUAUUAGGUUAUUUGAUGGGUUGGCUUAUGUUUUCUUAAUCAAGAGCCUUAUAGUCAAAUUAGAUGAGUUGAUUCAAAAUAUUGGCCUACAAUGCUCUGGAUUGCACGAGGAUUAUGUCAAUAUUGUGCAAUUUUCAAAAUAUAAAUCGCAUGCUUUGGUCUGAACUAUGUACGUAUUAUAGGAAAAUGGAUAUUUGUAAUAAGAGAUCUUUGUAACCACUGACUAUCAUAACUUUAAAAUUUAUGAAGUUUUAUUUUUCCAUG